CCCACAAAGUUGACUACCGUAAUGUGACACGAGAAAACAUCAACACAUAUCUGGGCCUGACCUUAGACUGGAACUCUCCGGAGUUUGCCAGGCGGGAGCUAGUGCCUAAAAUGGAAAGAAUGCCUUUUACUGUGAAGGAUUAUCUUUUCAUGCACGCCCUGAUACUUCCUGAGCGUGAGCAGUUUGUGGAGAUUUUCCUUAACAUGGGUUUCCAGUUGCGCCGCUUCCUGACGGAAAGCAAUAUGUUGUAUAUAUACGAAGAGAGUCUGAACAAUGACUUCUUUGUUCAUGUUUGCCUGGAGCGCAUCUUGCACCGUUCAACACAUUCGCUCGGAAAGAAAUUUCUGGAAGGAUCAAAGUGCAAACUCAACAAAGUUCUAUUCACUUUGACUGGCGUGCCUCGACUUAUACACCCGUAUCAACUUUUUAUGGGCCAACUUGCGCAGAAGGAAUCAGAAAAGCAAGAGGCUGAACGAAAAGCACUGCUGGCCUUGAUCUACUGGGCUGUGCUGACAAACAGGCAGGAGUUGGCAAAAGUUCUAUGGAAGAGAUCAGCAGAGCCUAUAGCAGUUGCGCUGGUCAUAUCCAACAUGUAUUACCACAUGUCACAUGACUGGAUCAUUGAUGUCGAUUUAAAGAAGAAGUUGAAAAGUGCUGCCGUCGAUUUCGGCACUUUGGCUGUGGAAAUGAUGGAUUUGAUAUACAAUGACUCCAGCGUGAUGGCAUAUUACGCACUUGUGAACCCACUCAGUGACUUCAAUAACCUCAAUGUGGUAGACCUAGCCCUCAUUGGCAACAACAUCUUUUUCAUUGCCCACCCAUGCUGUCAGAGGUCAAUGCGCGCUCGCUGGCUUGGAAGGCUGAAGAUCAAAUCAUCCGCAUGGGAUCCAAUACAUAUACCGGAGUUUGUUAAGAUUUACAUGAGCCUCUUCUUGUUUUUUCCAAUGUAUUUUUGGCUGACCUUUAACCCGGAAAAACGAAGCAAUGGCUACACUGAAGAAGACGACCAGGAUGAGGAAACCGAGAGCAGAGACAAAAGCCCGAAACAAGAAAGCCGGUUAUUUCUGAAGAACUAUAUAAGGACGACUCGUAGCUAUUUCAUGGAUGAUCCGUACAGAUCGCCACCGUUCUGGAAGAUGAUCUACUACUUGUGGACAGCGCCCAUCUCUAAAUUUUGGGUGAACCAGCUGUUUAUCAUGCUCUACUUGGCACUGUUUGCCCUUGCCUUGAUGGUUCCGUACUGUGGCAACAAGUACCUGAACAUAGUUUUAUGUGGAUGGACAGCUAUCCGGUUUAUCGAAAACGCUUUGCGGACUAUCCAAUUAAAAUUAAAAUACCCUACAUUUGAUGUAGCCUGGUCUGUGUUCGGACUGCUAGCAGACAUCUACAUAUUUUCUGUGAGUGCUUUAUUGAUCUUCCAGCAAAUACAUGACCGCACACCUACAGUUGUUCACAGAAACCUUGAUUACAAAACAUACAAGUUUCUGUUGUCUUUGGGCUUGCUUUGGGUGUUCUUCCGCUCAUUGAGAUUCAUCUUGCCAAUCAGCCAAGACUUAGGACCAAUGCUAGUGAAUAUUUCAGAACUGACACGCAAGGAUUUAAUCAACUGGCUAAUGUUGUGGCUUGUGUGCGCCAUUUCUGGAGGUUUCGCUAUUAAUGCAGUUGUCUACCCUGCCCAGUCCGUCAGCUUCACCAAUUUCCUGCGUUCCCAGAUGAGGACAUUUCUGGCCAUUUUUCUGACAGAAGUCGACGAUCUCAAAGCUGCCACCCCGUGGCAACUCUAUUACUACGAUGAGGCUGUUACUACUGUGUUAGAAAGUAUAUUGACAUUUUACUGGCUUCCAUAUAUACGAGAACGCUUGGAGACGUGCCCUUAUGUGUCACUGGCUGGCUACCUGCUGGUUAUACAACAACUGCUGGUCACGAGACACAUAUUUUAUACUCUCAUGUUUGCCAUGUUUAGCGUAACAACAAACCGCACCAAAGAACGAUCAGUGGAAAUUUGGAAAUUUCAGUUUUACCUUAUGGUAGCAGACUUUGAAGCCAGGUCA